AGCUGAAAGAAAUCUCUGACUCAGUGAUUGUCAGGAAAGGGAAAGAGCUGCUGCGAUUCACUCCACUGUGAGGGGAAAAAACACCAAAAAAAGAAUGAGCAGGGUCACUUUCUUUGAGGUGGAGAUCCUUGAUCCGAAGACAAAGGACCAGCUAUGUUUUCUGGACAAGGUGGAACCUCAUGCCACUAUUGGAGAAAUCAAGUCCUUGUUUCAUAAAGCGUACUCUCAGUGGUACCCAUCAAGACAGGCCCUUAAGCUUGAUCCAAAGGGGAAAGCAUUAAAGGAUGAUGAGAUCUUGCAGAAUCUCCCCGUAGGUACAACAGCUACUCUCUAUUUCAAAGACUUAGGUCCCCAAGUUGGCUGGACAAUGGUGUUUCUCUGUGAAUAUGCAGGUCCACUCUUUAUAUAUCUACUGUUCUAUUUCCGACUUCCAUAUAUCUAUCACCAUAAGCACGCGUUCACCUCCAGCCCGUACCCUGCAGUGACCCUGGCCUGUGUAUGUCACUCAAUCCAUUAUAUCAAGCGCUUGGUCGAAACGAUAUUCGUGCAUCGUUUCUCCCAUGGUACAAUGCCACUCCGAAAUAUUGUGAGGAACUGUAUAUAUUACUGGGGAUUUGCAGCAUGGCUUGCCUAUUACAUCAACCACCCUCUUUACACUCCACCUUAUUACGGAAAUAAGCAAGUCAACUACGCACUGGCAAUGUUUGUGAUAUGUCAAGCUGGCAACUUUUCUAUCCACUUAGCUCUCAAUAAUUUGAGAAGUGAUGGAUCCAAGGCUAGAAAGAUUCCCUACCCAACCAAAAACCCCUUCACGUGGCUCUUCUUCUUUGUGUCAUGCCCCAAUUAUACCUAUGAGGCUGGAGCCUGGUUCAGCUUUACAAUCAUGACACAAUGUGUGCCAGUGGGUCUGUUUACACUCAUCGGCUUCAUUCAGAUGACCAUCUGGGCGAAGGGCAAGCACUACACCUACAUAAGAGACUUUAAAGAGUAUCCCGACCUCAGGAUGGCAAUUAUUCCUUUCUUGUUGUAAGGAAAUUACUAGCUUUUUGAUGGAAUGAGAGAUGCAACAUAAAUUUCAAUUUCAAUCCAGGUGUAUGCACUUUAUGUGUUUUUGGUUUAGUUAACAUGGGAGAGCUAUAAUUGCUUUUAGGACAGCAUGGUGCAGCUCUAUUCAGUUUACCCCAAACAGAUAUUAUAUUGGUCACAUUUGAGAGACCACAAAUGCAUGACUUAUGGAAGCAGUGGCUCAGUGUACCAUCUGUACUGAAUUAGCCAAGCAGCCAUGCAGUGUUACGUGUUUGUUUCCCCCAUUCAUCAUUCCUUAAUUCACUGUUAUUGUGCUGCCAGAAUUUUUCUUUCUGGUUUUGACACUCAGUCUAUCAACUUUUUCCUUCCUAACCUCUACUUCUUAAAUAAUGGAUACUUCUACCAGGUGUGUGUCUUUAAAAAUUUUGCUAUCAUGUGUUCUGUAAAGAGAAAGAAUUGCCAAGAACUGUAGCAUGGUUACCAUGUUGAAAAAAGGUCAUACAAGUGUUUGCAAAACCUGAUUUUGACUACAAAACAUGCGUUCUACAAAUAGAUGUUCAUUAAAACUGAUCUGUUACCACUUUUAUAAGCAAGACUCAGAAUUUGGCCCAGCAUGUAAAUGCUGUUUUUCCAUCCCUCCCUCCCAGUAUUCCUCCUGAUGAUUUACCAACAAAACAAGAAAUUAAUUAUAUGCACAGAUUUCUUCUUGAACACUAAUACACUUUCCAAUCAUCCAGUACAGACAUUAAAAUAAAAGGCCUUGCUUAUAAAAUACAAAUGGAGUUAUUUGGUGACCUAAAUCAGUUUUUUUUUCCUUUUGCAGCCUAGUAUUUUGUCUCUUUUAAAACCAUGCUGUUAAUGCAGCUGUAGUCUAUUACAGACAAGAGUGAUGCAACAUGUUUCCAUCAAUUAAAAUUUGUAAUUCAUAAAAUACUCAUCAAGAAUGAAUUGAGGGUCAUAAUGAAAGGUUUACUCAUCUAUGUACUCCCCUUGGAGUAGGGCUAGAACAAACAUCAAGAACUAACUCAGCUGCUUUAGAGUACUUAUGAAUUAAGUACAGUAAUGAAGUAGGAAAAGGUGACGUUGCAGAGAAAUGAGAGUCUUAAGGCUGAGAGGCAAAAGAAAUUAUGCUAAAAAAAUGAAAAUGGAGUGCAAGUGUUUAAAGAACGAGAAAUGCGUUGAUUUAAAAGUAAUCUAAAAAACAUGGCAAUGAUGGUUAAACCGAGUGUUAUCUGCUCAUAAGUGGUAAGUGUUUAUCAUUACCACUCACAACCUUUGUAUUGGAAUGUGUGACAUAACAGCAUAACAAUAUACUGAAGAGCUCUUUUCUUCUCAGAUGCAAGCCUCUUGUGUAGUUCUCGGUUUCCGGUGAAUGUAGCCAUACAUUUCAGGUGCUAUUACUCUUGACUUUUUGUAUCCAAUGUGUACAUUUUGAAUAAACUAUUUCAAUUAUAAUUCUGAAAA